GCCAACAAUUCAUUUUAUCGCCAAUUCCUACAAAAAAAUUGAUCUGAUCUACAAAUCAAAUAAAUCACCAUGCACACUACAUGAAAACAGACAAAUUAAACUCGUAAAAGGCAUUUUACGCAUAACAAUGUAACACACAUGACCAUAUGGAAGUGUAAGUUAUACUUCGUAUUCCUUAUGUCUCUGUCCCUAUCAUCCGGCGACGGAUUACCAUUGGAAAUCUAUGUCCAUCCCGUCAUCCCUGCGUGGGGGUCCAGGUUUCCAGCGAGAUUCCUCUUUUUUUUUUUUUUCCAAUCUUGGCAGGGUUUGACCAUCAUUUCUUGCUUUCUGUUUCUUUUUUCUUUUUUCCCUCUGCAGAGCUGUCUCUUGAAAUCAACGCCACCCCAUUUGCCUUGCACAUCUUUGGUAGCCUGACCACUUAUGUGCGUGUCCGAGCAAAAAUACACUCCGCCCUAAAUAGUAGACACGAACUAAAUAAAAAGGGAAACUGAGAGAA